UCCGGGGUUGGUCUGACUGGGGAGGCCUGGGGUUGGGUCUCCCGUGCUAGCGAAGAUGGCGGCGUCCGUGGCUGGUCGGGCGGCCGGGGCGAAGCAAGUGCUGCGUGAGAUUCGCAUCCAUUUGUGCCCGAGCUCGCCAAGCAGCUCUGGUGUCAGGACUUUCAUCGAGAAACGCUACGUGGAUCUGAAGAAGGCACACCCCGACCUGCCCAUUCUAAUCCGUGAGUGCUCCGACGUGCAGCCCCAGCUCUGGGCGCGCUAUGCAUUUGGCCAAGAGAAGAAUGUCUCUCUGAAUAAUUUCAGUGCUGAUCAGGUAACCAGAGCCCUGGAGAAUGUACUAAGUGGCAAAGCCUGAAGUCUCCACUGUGAAUUACAAGCAAGAGCACCAGCACCUGGGCUCUGCUGGACUGAGUACAAUGUGGGGAUAUAUGUUCUCUUCUUACUUAUAAAGCUUAUGUUGUAAGUGCU